UGAGGCCAUUCAAACUUGUGACCUGUGUGUGGCCUUGACGUGUACCGCGGUGCCGCUAGUCGCCAGUGCGCCGUCUCCAGUCCCGCCACCCGGUUAUAACUUCACCCAGCUCGUCGCGGUCCGAACCCGACUAGUCGGCUACUGAACCGGGAACCGCUCCAGCGGGGAACUGAGCCGCAAUGCUGAAAUGUAGGACUGCGUGGAGGAAGCUUGCACCUCUAGCUAGAGCCUCGUCAACUCUGUGCAGGCACAACGUGAGAAGAGCAGGGUUGAACGAUGGCCGACAAGUGCGUGUACCGGUGGCCCACAUGUCCAUCGGACCUUCCGGGGCAGGAGGUGAAAAAAAGUUGUACUUCCUCCUAACGGGAGCAGCCACCCUUUGUGGGGGAGUAUAUGCUUACCGAACCGUCAAGGGCGACCAAAAAAGAUAUGAGGAACGCAUGGAAGAACUUUCAUCCAGACCACACAAAGCAGCCGCACACAAAACCAUACCCGCCGCAUCAGAGCCUCCUGCUGCGGCAGCCAAUGAGACAGAGUCCGUCCCUGAGGCUGCUGCACCUGAAGCUGAGGCUGCUGCACCUGAAGCUGAGGCUGCUGCACCCGAGGCUGAGGCUGCUGCACCCGAGGCUGAGGUUGCUGCACCUGAAGCUGAGGCUGCUGCACCAGAGGCCCCACCUUCACCUGUGGAGCCGAUCCCUCCAGCUCCUGAUGCUGAAGCAGCGGCUCCCAGUGAAACAGCUGAACCUCCCCCAGCAGAGGAGCAUGCAGUUGAAGCCUCCCCAGAAGAAGCAGCAGAGCCACCGGCUGCACCUGUAGUGGAGGAGGUGCUGCCAGAACCAGCAACCCCACCUGAGCCGUCCCCAGCUGAGCAAACAGAGCCACCUCCUGCACCUGAGGUGGAGAGUGAACCUGCAGCAGCAGAAACCACGGCAGCAGAACCAGCCAAGCCUCAGCCUGAAGCUGUGGCAGAGAGUGCUCCAUCAGUGGACUCCACCCUUGCCUAUCCAAAGGUGCCCUCACACGCCCCCUACCUCCUGAUUGGUGGAGGCACGGCCUCUUUUGCUGCUGCCCGGUCUAUUCGAGCCAGAGACCCCGGUGCCAAGGUAUUAAUUGUGACUGCCGAGCCAGACCUUCCAUACAUGAGACCACCUCUUUCCAAGGAACUGUGGUUCUCUGACGACGCCAGUGUGACAGAAACGCUGCGGUUCAAACAGUGGAAUGGAAAAGAAAGAAGUAUCUACUUCCAGCCGCCAUCAUUCUACAUUCCAGCAGAAGAAUUGGAAAGUGCAGAGAAUGGGGGAGUGGCUGUUCUCACUGGCAAAAAGGUUGUUCACAUGGAUGUGAGAGGGAACAAAAUAAAACUGGACGAUGAUACUGAGAUUUCAUACGACAAGUGUUUGAUUGCCACAGGCGGAAUACCGAGAAAUCUGCAGGCCAUUGAAAGAGCAGGAGAGGAGGUGAUGAAGAGGACAACUCUGUUCCGCAAGGUGGAUGACUUCAAAUCUUUGGACAAAGUCUCCAGAAACUCCAAGUCCAUCACAAUCAUUGGAGGCGGCUUCUUGGGCAGCGAGCUGGCCUGUGCCCUCGGCAGGAGAUCAACCGAGGCUGAUCUGGAAGUGAUACAGAUGUUCCCCGAGAAGGGAAACAUGGGAAAAGUGCUGCCUGAGUAUCUGAGUAACUGGACAACAGAAAAAGUCAAGAGAGAGGGCGUCAAAGUCAUCUCGGAAGCUUUGGUGAAAUCUGUGACCCACAAAGAUGAUAAACUAGAAAUCCAACUGAAGGAUGGCCGAUUAGUGACAACUGAUCACAUUGUCGCAGCCGUUGGCCUGGAGCCCAAUGUUGACCUGGCCAAGUCAGCAGGUCUGGAGGUGGACUCAGACUUUGGUGGCUUUCGGGUCAAUGCAGAGCUGCAAGCAAGAUCUAAUAUUUGGGUGGCAGGAGAUGCUGCAUGUUUCUACGACAUCAGACUGGGCCGCAGACGAGUGGAGCACCACGAUCACGCUGUCGUGAGUGGUAGACUGGCAGGAGAGAACAUGACGGGAGCAAACAAACCCUACUGGCAUCAGUCUAUGUUCUGGAGUGACCUGGGGCCCGAUGUGGGCUAUGAGGCCAUUGGGAUUGUUGACAGUAGCCUGCCAACAGUAGGGGUGUUUGCCAAAGCCACUGCCAAGGACACGCCUAAAGCUGCUACGGAGAAAUCAGGAACUGGGAUCCGCUCAGAAAGUGAAACGGAGGACACGGCCAUCAGCCCGGUGGCCUCCUCAACACCUGCUCCCACCGUGGGGCAGCACAGAGACAACUAUGGCAAAGGAGUCAUCUUCUACCUGCGAGACAAGGUGGUGGUGGGCAUCAUCCUUUGGAACGUGUUCAACAGAAUGCCCAUUGCAAGGAAGAUUAUCAAGGAUGGAGAGGAGCAUGCAGAUCUAAACGAAGUGGCCAAGCUGUUCAACAUCCACGAGGAUUAGGAUCGAGGCCGACACUCGUCAUGGGAGAGCAGUGGCGCUCAACGUGAAGCCUGAACUCUGGCAGCCAUUGCCAUGCUAUUUAAGAGACAAUUGACAAUGCAUACAAAAUGGGACGUUACAACAUAAUCCCUAUAAUAUUUUCAUAUUUGGAAUUUGUAUGUGGUGCGCCUCUUUUGUUUGUCACUCGUUUGUUUCUGUUCAGGGGAAAUCACUCGUCUCAUCUUUCUGCUACCACCAAACUUGGAUGUGAUUGUAUAUCCGCUAAAAAAGAUCAAUAACUUAUCUUUUGUUUCCCUCUGUGAUCAGAGCAGCUUGUCGUGAAAAAGCUGCAAUAAAAGCUAUUUUUAAACUGGA